AUGCCAUUCGUUAAGAAGAGUGACGUGCUGCGGGAGUUCGAGAAGUGGCUGGUGCUGGUGGAACGGCAGACGAAGAAGUCGGUACUGUCGCUCCGCUCUGAUCGGGGAGGGGAGUUCCUCGGACGGGAUUUCACCAACUUCGUCGACGGGAAGGGCAUCGUCCACGAUCUGACGUGCCCCUACACUCCGCAGCAGAAUGGCAUGGCUGAGCGGGAGAUGCGCACGGUCGUCGAGUCCGUGCGGACGAUGCUGCUGCACAUGGGCGUACAGCACCACUGGUGGCACCUCGCUCUUCGACAGGCUGUCUGGGUGCGCAACUGCUUGGAGCGGUCGACGACGCCGCCGGGGACGACUCCGUACCAGCUGCUGACCGGGACGAAGCCCGACCUCACGCUGGCGCGGGUGUGGGGCUGCAUGGUGCAGUUCAUGGUUCCUGAGCAGCAGCGCGGUGGGAAGCUGGCACCGAAGGCUCGCUGGGGGCUUCACUUGGGAGUGUCGCCGGAGAGCAAGGGCUGGGAGGUGCUGGACUUGACCGACAACAAGGUGGUCACAUCCGUCGAGGUGAUCUUCUACGAGAUGCUGUCGCUGGAGGUGUGGAAGGCGAAGUAUGGGCCGGCGUCGGGGCGGACGCAGGCGCACCCGCCGACGGACACCUCGACGGCGCCGGACCGACUGCUCGCCGAACUCGACGAGCCUGCUGAUGAGGACGUUGUGGAGGUUCUUCCACCUCCCCCUGUUCUUGCUCCUCCCUCCCCCGUCGCAGAUCGGCCUGUGUCGACGCCUGAGUCGGCCACCGGCGAUGAGGGGAGCCUUGAGGCGUCGCCUGUGGCGCCGGCCAGUGGCAUCGCCGGCGGUCGACAAGGCGCCAAGCUCGUCGACCAGGGCCGGAAGUCGACGACAGGGGAGCAGCAGACAGGGGAGCCGGUCGAACAGGAGGCAGCAUCGAGGGGGCAGUCGACAGGGGAGCAGCAGCCGGGGCGGUCGACAGGGGAGCUGUCGAAGUCAGCAGCAGACGAGCAGCCGGUCGAAGAGUCGAAGCAGCUGGUCGACGACGAGGCCGUCGACGAGGAAGGGGAGCUGUCAGCGGGAGAGGAGUCCACCGACAGCGACGUGGUGGAGGUUCCGGUCAAGCAGCCUGCGCCGGAGCUGCGACGGUCUGGUCGAGCUCGGCGGCUGCCGGAGAAGCUGAGCUACCAUGCCCACGCCUGCCUGCCACCAACUGCCUUCACCACGGUGUACGACGAGGUCGACGACGACCUGUUGUACGACGACGCCGAGGAGGAUGACGAUCUGCAGGAUCUCGACCCCGACGUGCAUGCCGACCCCGAACAUCGCUGGGACAUCUCGACGAUGACGGUGAAGGAGGCGCUGGCGAGCUGGAAGGGCCCGGCGGUGAAGGCCGCCAUGGAAGAAGAAAUCCGCAGCCUCAUCGGCAUGGGCACUUGGGAGCUGGUCGAACGCCCACGCGGAGUGAACAUCAUGAAGAACCGGUGGGUGCUGACGACCAAGUACCGCAUCGACGACACCGUCGAGCGCGAGAAGGCAAGGCUGGUCGUGAAGGGCUUCACGCAGGUGUACGGCGCCGACUACGACGAGACGUAUGCGCCGGUGAGCAGCUACGUCACGCUGAGGAUCUUCCUCAGCAUCGUCGCCGUCCUCGACCUCAACCUGAUGCAGCUCGACAUGAAGAACGCUUUCCUGCAGAGUAAGCUCGACAGGGUGCUCUACAUGUACCAGCCGGACAAGUUCGACGAUGGGACCGGCCGGGUGUGUAAGCUGCUGAAGAGCCUCUACGAGCUGAAGCAGUCGCCGCUGCUGUGGUACAGGGCUCUCGACGGAGUGCUGCUGGGGGCUGGAUGGAAGAAGAGCCAGGUCGACGAGGCGCUCUACUUCAAGUCCGGCGACGACGGAGUGACCUGCUGGGUGCUGGUCUACGUCGAUGACCUGCUCGCCGCCAGCAGCAGCACCGCGAUGCUGAAGGAGCUGAAGGAGCUGCUGGAGUCCGCCUUCGAGCUGCGUGAGAUCUCGCCGGUGGUGAAGUACCUUGGGCUGGAAAUCGUUCGCGACAGGUCGGCAAGGAAGCUGUGGCUGCACCAACAAAACUACGCCGACAAGCUGUGUAGGCGCUUCAUCGACGAGGAGCAAGGCGGGCGCAUCCCGAAGACGCCGGUCUCGGUCGACGCCUACGCUGAGCUGACGUUCGACGACGAGGAGGCCCAGGAACGCGAGGAGGAGGAGUACCGGCAGAAAGUCGGCUCGCUGCAGUUCGCGGCGACAACGACGAGGCCGGACAUCGCUUUCGCCUGCAGCAAGCUAGGGAGCGGCCUCACGGUGAGGAGCGACCAGCAUUGGCGCGAGGUCGACCGCUGCCUCGCCUACGUCGCCGACACCCGCGACACCGCCUUGGAGUUCGGCGGUGGACCAGAGUCGCUGGAGCUGAUCGGCUACGUGGAUGCCGACGACGCGGGCGACAAGCAGAAGCGGACGAGCACGGGCGGCUACGUGUUCGUCUUCGGAGGGGCCGCGGUCUCCUGGUCGAGCCAGCGCAUCAAGUGCGCGACGCUCUCCUCGACCGAGUCGGAGUACGUCGCGGCCACGGACGCCGGCAAGGAGGGGCGUCGACUUCGCUUCCUCCUUGCAGAGUUCAAGCUGCUCGACCCUGGGAAGCCGACUGUCCUUCGCGUGGACAACAAGUCGGCGAUCACGGUCGCUGAGGGCAUGGGGUUGACGGGCAACCUCAAGCACAUGGAGCGACGCUACGCCUGGCUGCAGCACAUGGUGAGGCGCGGGAAGUUUGUGCUGAAGUACAUCCCGACCACCGAGCAGCCGGCGGACUUCCUGACGAAGGCGCUGCAUUUUCCGGCUUUCAACCGGUGCUCUGUCGCCAUCGGCCAAGUUCGCCUAGCCGAUGUCGGCGACGGCGACGAUGAGGUGCAGCAGUAG